AUGGAAAGGCAAGUGCCUUCUACAUUGGGUCUCGUAUGCGCCGUAGCAGCACGCUGCUAUUUUGACUACAUCUCCAACUGGUAUGCCGAGCACAAAGAGGACGGGUUUGCGCACAAGCUGUUCCGGUGCGCGAGCUUAAGCCUCCAGCUUGCCCGCGAGCUCUCGCCCCAGCUCAACGACGUAAUCCUGUGGCUAGCCUAUGAGGUUAUGCAAUGCUGCACAAGCCUUGAGGGUAGCGCAAGCUUGAGCGUCUGGCGGAAACUAAGCGACGUUGUCACUGACAUGUACGCCCUGGGCCUACACCGCGAGGCAGCACUUUCGGACGAGUCUAUGCCGUUCUUUCUGUCCGAGUAUCGAAGGAGGUUCUUUGCCAUUAUAUUUAAUUUCGACAAAGCAUGGUCGGCCAUCUUCAACCAGCCUCCUCGAGUACCAAGUCGAUAUGCGGAUUGCAAGCCGCCCCUGGACUUGUCGGAAGACGACCUCUUUACACUGCAGCAAGAUGAUCUGGGUCAGCUGCUCAGGAAAUUGACACCAAAUGGAUGGAAUAAAGACGGCGGUUACAGGACGACGACGUGGACACGGCUGCGAUAUACUGUUGGUGGAAUUCGUGAACAAUUCAUCGAGGCACAGUUUCACUUGACCCAGCCAGUUGAUGGAAGUGAGCUAAGGAAUCUAUCUGUCCGGUGCCACGAAGCCUGGAAUUCCCUUCCCCAGCACCUCCGAUACGGGGAGGAUCCAAACCAGAUACCGUCCGACUUACCCAACAUUAUCCGCCAAAUACUCAUGAGAGCACACCUAACCUUCGUACACAUCGACUUCCACAUCAUUAGGUCGAUCAGCAGAGGCAGUAGUGCAGUCCCUUCACCCGAACUGCUCGAGAUCUCUGCAAGGAUGCUCCAGGGUGUCAUUAUGUGUGUCAUGGAGCGCGGCAACAAGCCAUUCCUCUGCGAUCUGGCCGAGGAUUUACUUUUCUAUGCACUGCCCAGUGCCGUGGUUCUAAUCACCGCCUUGCAAGACGCCGUGCGAGAUCCAGCACGAAGCCUCCCGCCUUCCAUAAGCAAACCCACCCUGUUCCGCAACCUCUCCGUGCUGGUGUCGCAGCUGGAGGCCCUCGCCAGCCCCGAGGAGCCGCACUACACGUUCUGCGCACAAGCGGCCAAGAGCAUGUCCAGAAAGCUCGACCAGGUCCUGGAGCAUAGCAUGGCUGGCCCCGGCACCGCGAUCCGGGCGGGUAAUCCAAGUAGUAAUGGUAAUAAGAUCCCGGGAGAUCUACAACAGGGUGGAGCCUCUAUUGCUACAACAGCCCACAGGCCAGGUGGUGAACAGCAGCCGGGCAGCGAGGAGCCCGCUCUGGGGCCGCCAGGAGACGUAGCGACUCCUUGCAUGGGCCUGAGUGACUUUGACAGCAACGAUUUUGAGACAUGGGCAACGAACUGGGGAUUUGAUAUGGGUACAACGACCAGCGAAUGGGGCAUGUUUUGAAGCAAUCAAAUCAUAUGUGAAUAAUGACAGGGAGUUAUGUACAGCCAUUUUUCAGUAACCGCGACACAAACGAGCCGCUGAAUAUUGGGAAUAUCAUUUGUCGUUCUUGGAGGAUGCUAGGAGGUCCCUUGCGAUUGUUAUCGAUACGAUUAAACUUUUGGGACGAGGUUCAGCCUCUGCCCAAAGCUCAA